AUGUGGCCCCCCUCCCUCCUCGCCGCAAUCUUCACCCUCUCCAUCACCCCCCUCGAAACCGUCUUCUACCGCGCAGACCUCUCCAUGGCCUACCACAUCUUCGCCGCCGCCUCAAUCUACUUCUCCCUCACACUAAAUGCCGCCAUCGUAAUGACGCCCCUCAGAAGCAAGUUCCAAGAGAUCAAGAAGAACGACGAAGUCUUCUCGCAUAUAGGUACCUUCAACCGCUGGCUCGUCGAGGGCUACCUCCGCAGCUUCUUCCUCUUCCCCAACCUCUUUGGCCCCAUCAUUGCUUGCUGGAUUAUCUUCCCUGACAAUAGGUACUUCGAUAACCUCGCCCAUCUCUACGGCUUCGUCAUUGGGAUUCCAUAUCGUCGUGCACCUACGUCGCGAUUCGUAUGGGCGGUGUCGGAUUACAUCCCCAAACACCCUUGCGAAUCAAACCAGAAGUUUCUCCUUGCUCUACACAUCUUUCUCGAAGAGGUCCCUGAUACGACCGUGGCUGCCAUCGAUCGCAAGUUGCUUUGCACCGAGUGGUUGUUCCUUCAACUUGUCGCCGGCUUUGCUUGUACCAGUCUAGUUUGCAUGCUCUACACCAUGAUCGUCGAGACGUUCCGUCCGUACGUCCAACGUCUCGUCGUACAUCUAACCGCAGAAGUCCUGUUAUACGCUGGGGAUUUCAUCUUCGAAGUGGGUCAUUGGAUUGAGGGCUUUGUGGUUAGGCAGAGUGUCUGGGAGGAUAUGAAUAUGUAA